AGACAGAAGGUAACAACAGAGAUAAUGACGAUGGAAAAACUCAGAAGCAUGGGCGGCGACUUCUACCUCCUACUUUGAAGCAUCUUUACAUCGGGAGAUAACGCCAACGCUGCCUUGCUCGAAGCGACCAUGAAAGGAAAUGAUUUGACCUUAUGAUGCAGUUCCAUUGGAAAUCCUACUGGUGGAGGUCUAGAGGCAAAGAUUAUCUAUUUCUUAUGGAAGAAUUUCUGCAGUUCUACAGGUACAAGGACAGUAUGAAGUAAUGAUGUAAUGAGGAAGAAAGGAGCUUUAAUAUAAAGCAACUUACCAACAAAUUGCCCAUCUCUUUUUAAACAUAGGGACAUAGUGGUUCCUUUGUUUUCUCAAUAAUUAGUGAUUUUAUUGAAACAGAAGAUAUUUCCACACUCACCACCACUGCAUCGACAACUAUUGAACCUUUGUCUAGGAUUGGACAUCAGAUACCUUACCAUAUAGGGUUGUCACAUGUUGAUAUCUCCAGUUAAAAGUUGAUCAAAUGAGUAAAUUGGAAACUUCUCCUUCAUUGGACAACAAUAAUUGGAUUGAGAUUCAGGAGUCCCUGAGGAGGAGAUUAAUUCUUAAGGAUGAUUUCACUUGGAGAGUUCCCACACAAAGAAAUGAGCCAGAUGAGAAUUGUGGGGUUGAAAACUUAAAAUAUGUUGGAGGAGUCGAUUUGAGUUUCUCAAAAGAUGACCCUUCUGUAGCGUGUGGUGCCCUUGUUGUUCUGGAUCUUAGUAAUUUGAAUGUUGUCUAUGAUGAUUUCAGUGUAGUCCAGCUUAAGAUUCCAUAUAUUCCUGGGUUCCUUGCAUUUAGAGAGGUUCCAGUUCUUCUACAGCUUUUGGAGAAAAUGAAGGAAAAUACCCAUCCAUUUUACCCACAAUUGUUGAUGGUCGAUGGCAAUGGAUUGCUUCAUCCUCGAGGCUUUGGUUUGGCUUGCCAUCUUGGAGUUAUAGCUAAUAUACCUACAAUUGGAAUAGGAAAAAAUUUGCAUAAUGUUGAUGGUCUAACCCAAUCUGGAGUGAGACGACUUCUAGAAGCAGAACAAAAUUGUGCUAGAGAUUUGAUUACUCUGACUGGACACUCUGGACGUGUAUGGGGAGCAGCAAUGCGAUCAACCCUGGGUUCCUAUAAACCCAUAUUUGUAUCAAUUGGCCACCGUAUAUCACUUGAUACAGCCAUCAAGGUUGUUAAAAUGACCUGUAAGUACCGGGUGCCAGAGUCUAUCAGACAAGCAGACAUGAGAUCAAGAGACUACCUCCAGAAACACAUGUAAUUUGCUGAAGUAAUGCAACUUUGAUAAACUGGUACAUCUGAUUUUUAGGCUUUCAACAAUAUAGGUUGUAAACUACUACCCGAUUGAAGGAAUCUGCUAAGGUGCCCAUUUGCAAUUUGUAUGCAUUGUAUCAGUUGCAGAGAGGUGGCCUUUCAUUUGAAUCUGCAAUAAUGAAACUCUUUUGUUGCUUUUUCAAGCUCACUUGCCAUUUUCUUUGGAUGGAUUCUCAGUGCUAUGAUUUAGGUGUUGACCUUUCACUUGAAGCUUCAAUGAUGAAACUCUAUUAUUCCUUUUUCAAGUUCACUUGCCAUUUUCUGGGGCUAUGGAUUAAGUACACUGUGAUUCUCUUUCCACCGAUUAUUAAGAUUUAAGAAGGAAACUCUUUGCAGGGAGUGCCUAUGGGUCUCAUGAUGUCAUGGAAGGAAUUGUUUGAACAAUUUGGCCAGUCAAUCUGCUCAUGCUAUGGUCCAAUUUGCUGAAAAGUCUUCUUUUGAUAUUAGCUAGGAGGCCACCCAAAUUUUGGACUCUGACAAUGUACCUUCUGCUCUUUAAUGAAUUAGUUUGUUUAUCCAUCAAAAAGAAAAAAAGCCAAGAUGUUUUGUCCUUUAUGACAAAAUCUAUGCAACAGGAGGAAGCAUGAAAGUAGUAAAAAGUUAGAUGAUUUCAGUGUCCUAUUCUCUGUAGGUUUGUUGGAGGCAUGAAGGGUCUUCUCCACUGUAAAUACUGUAAUAUUCAGAGCUUAGAUGCAUUUAGUAUGUAAGGUUCAAGGUCUAGACUCUAUACUAGUCAUGAAGCUGUAUUGGUCAAUAAAAUUGGAUUUUUAACUUCUACAUCA